CCGUUUCGCCUCGGCUGAACGGUUCAAUUGACUUCGAAUUUUAACGUGAUACAAUACAACUGCUGUUCUUCCUUUCAUUCCGUUUCACUGCCAAGUUGAGUGUACCAGUGAAAAGAGUUACUGUUGUUCGCAUCAGUUGCUGUUGAUCCGAUUCUAGUUUGAGAAAUCUGAGUGCCUUAUACUGCACGCCUUAUACUGCUCGCCUCACUGGAGCCCCUGGAAAACGAUAUUGUGCAGAGACGUAGAGACGUACGUUUGAAGCGUUUGAAAAAGUGCAUCAAAGAGAUAAAACACUUUACACUUCCUCGCUCUUCAGUUCUCGAUCUCUUUAUUCUUGGCUGUGCUCCAAUCAGUUUUUGUUUCAAUUAUAUUGCGGGACUGUAUCGGUGCCAUCAUGGGCACUUUUCGAGCUGAUUACGCUUCAUUAAAUCGGAAAGAAACUAUGCUGACGGACAUGGAUCAACUGCCGUCCAUUCAGCUAGGGGACUUUGUCCUUCAGUUUGAACUCGGACCACCUAGUACUGAGAUGCAGGAGGUCGCGAGGAAGGAACUCAGGGAGUCUCCGGAUUUGCAGAGACAGGCUGUCGCUGAACUCCGAGAAUUACUCAAAAAGGAAACUGAUCUCAAAUGCCCCCUCGACAACGAAUCCUGGUUGAUUCGUUUCCUCAGGCCAUGCAAGUACUAUCCUGAGUCAGCUGCCAAACUAGUAAAAGAGUACUACGCAUUCAAAGUGAAGCACUCGAAUGUUUACGAUGGCCUGAAGCCAUCCAGGGAGAAGAACAUAUUCGAGCACAACAUCCUCACUGUUCUCCCGAAUCGUGAUCAACACGGGCGUCGUAUAUUGAUCAUUGAGCUUGGUAAGAAGUGGAAGCAUAAUAAAGUGUCGUUGGAUGAGGUCUUCAAGGGGGCGGUUUUGUACCUUGAGGCGGCCAUGCUCGAGCCAAUAUCCCAGAUUGCCGGGGCUGUUGUCAUCUUCGAUAUGGAUGGCCUCAGUUUACAGCAGACGUGGCAGUUUACUCCACCAUUCGCUAAGAGAAUUGUCGAUUGGCUCCAAGAUGCUGUUCCGUUGAGGAUAAAGAAUAUUCAUAUUGUUAAUCAGCCUUAUAUUUUUAAUAUGGUCUUCGCUUUGUUCAAGCCCUUCCUCAGGGCGAAAUUGAAGGAAAGGAUUGUUUUCCACGGCACUGAUCGUAAGUCGCUGCACCAGUACAUAUCACCGAAAUGCUUGCCAGAGUGCUACGGUGGUACUGUUUCAAUUCCCAGAGUCAGUGGACCUCAAUGGCUGGAGUUGUUAAUUAUGUGUGAUAAAGAAUAUGAUGCAAUCAACUCCUACGGAUACAGUAAGAAAUAGGGAGUCCCCCACAAUUCGAAAAAUCCCCUCAACGUGGAGAAAUCAACGUUGCCAUAAAAUUUGCAGAGAGGACUUUGCAGCCACUGUGUGGACAACCCACCUCUCUAUGCAUAACUUCGAAAAUCAAUUGUUAAUAACUAAUGAAUUCAUUCCGGGACGAAUCGAUAAGCUUUAGUCCCCCUGUGUAUUUAAUAAUAAUGCGCUCGAUUAUGGAUCAGAUGUUCUCGUUUCGGUUCAACGAACGAGCGCUUUGUCGUCUUGCUCAUUGGAUUUAAUUGCCUCUCCGUUUUGGAUGCACGGUGCAAUUUAUGGGGCAAAUUAUGUUAUUUCAUUAUCGAUAAUCAGUGUGAGUGGGGUCUCAGAAGAGACCGUGGUUAUAAAUUGUAUGAGGGAGGAUGGAUUGUGAAGAGUGCGAGUGGGUGAGAAUGAUUUUGUGCUCUGAAAUGCAAUUUGCAAUGUCAAUGAUGAUUUUAUCGUUGAUUGUGGCACAUGUGCACUUAUUUCAAUUAAAUUGAAUUGUGUUUUACUGAAAUAUGAUAUAUUGUUUUAUUCGUUUGUGAAGGUGAACAUACUCACCUCAUCAUUAAUAAUGAUGGGAGAUAAUUCAAUAGGAAUUUAGUACUGAAAUGGUAAAAUCUUUAAUAAUCUCAAUAACGUGUUUUAGAGGAAAUUUCAGAAAACAUUUCAUGACGUUUCCUCUUCAAAUCACUCGUUAUUAAUCAAUUCAAGGAAAUGUAGCGGUUUUUAAUCUACGAAGUGAAAAUUGAAUUUUCAUGGUUUUACAAUUCUCAAAUAAAAUAAUUCGAAUACAAUUA